GCGAGCGAGACACAAUACUUGACAAAAACAAUAAAACACUCAUGGAAGCGUUUGUGGGACAUGGCGUCCAAUGUCAGUUGUUAACUUUGUCGCGGCGUCGGUGGUGUUUCUUGUUUACAGUUUUGUUUUUAUCGCUAACGAGUGCUUGUUUCUUUUAUUUAGCGGCUAAACGAUGCUAACAUGUAUCUGCUGCUGGUGGGUUCACGGUGGCAUCUUAACGUCUCAUUUCAUCUUUAUGGACGGAACAACCAGCAGCAUAGAGCCGCUUCAUCUUUCGUUAGGUCAAGCUGGCGAACUUGUUUCCACCUCAGAGUGGAUUCAGUUUUUUAAGGAUGCAGGGAUUCCUGCCGGCCUCGCUGUCACCUAUGCAGUUUCCUUUGUGGACCACAGAAUCCAGAAGAACAUGCUAAUGGACCUCAGUAAAGACAUCAUGAUGGACCUCGGCAUUACAGUCAUCGGAGACAUCAUUACCAUUCUUAAACAUGCCAAACAGGUGCACAGGCAGGACAUGUGCAAAAUGGCAGCUGAGGCCAUCACCUCAGGACAGACCAGUGUCCAGGCUGAGCUCAGAAGAACGGCCAAGACUCCUGCUACUCGUAUGAUUGCCAACGCUUUGAGCCAUGACUCCCCUCCCGCCACGCCAGUCCGCCGACCCAUUGACAACCGGCUCUCGGUCACAGUGUCCAACUCGCAGGCAAACAAGAACAGCAAAGCAGUCGUAAGCCAGCCAGCCGACGAGGGGAAGCCUGCAGCAAAGCGCCGACGUGUCACAGCUGAGAUGGAAGGCAAGUACAUCAUCAACAUGCCAAAGGGCACCACGCCUCGUACACGUCGAAUCCUGGCCCAGCAGGCCAAGAAAGGCUUAAAGCGUACCUCUGUGUUUGAAAGACUUGGAGCCGAAUCGAUGGCAGACACGACGACCAGUAACAGCAAGCCCACCGGGGUGUUCAGCCGCCUGGACAAGGGGGACAAAAGCGGAGAGAUGCCGAAGCCAGGAAACACGGACGCAAACACGGACGAAGAUGACGAGGACACAGACGGCGAGGGCUCUGUCCUGCAGUAUGCCGGCGUCCUCAAGAGACCCACACCGUCUAAGAAGAAAGCGCUCACUUCCAAGGCGCCCCCGAUCACCCUGCGUCGCCUGGGUGGGAAAUUCAAGCUGCUUCCCUCCGAUGCUCCCACCUCCUCUUCUACCUCACCCCCAAACGGCCUCCCACCGGCCAAAAUCAGCAUUCUUCAGAGACUGGGCAAGCCCCCCGCCACAGGCGCAGCGGUGACGCCAACGUCCGCUGACACUCAGGACAACAGAGUGACGAGCACCAGAUCCAGAGCACCGGAGAAAUCCACUUCAGCCAGUUCAAAGGUCAGCAGCAGCAACAGCCCAGGGGGAGGAGGGGAGUCUGCUGGGGCCAAGAUGGACGUCAAGGCUGUCAGUGUUUUCAAAAGACUGGGCAGCAAGAAACCCUAACGUCGUGAUUCAGACUCUUACUAUAGAGUUUGCAGCCAUCCUCCUUUUCCUUCGUACAGGAAGGCAAGUUGGUAUUAUUAUUAUUAUUUAAUGUUUGUUUUUUUUCUCCUGCUGCCAUUGAUAAGUCACUUUUAUUUGGUCUUGGGACUUUUAUUUAAAAACUUUAGUAAUGCCGUAUUUUCAUGUUGCUUUUUUCAUUGUGUCAUAUCAGCCUUUUCUGUAUUUUAUUUGAUAAAUUAUGAGCAUGAGCUGAAAUGCUGUUCUAAUUUUCCCUGUUUACUCAACAUACAGGUGCAUCAAAACGAGUUGGAAUGUCAUCAAAAGUCAUUUAUUUUAAUUAUUCAGUUCAAAAAGAUAAGCUCAGAUAUAUAUUCAUUCCACCCACAGUAAUAUACUUUACUCUUUUAUUUCUGUUCACUUUAAUCCUAAACCUAGAAUUUAGUGUACUCAGACACCAAAACAUUUAAAAAAUAUUUUUAAUACAGAAUAUAGAAAAGUUUCACUUUUUGAAUUGAAUUCAUGAAAUCAGCUUUUCAGUGAUAUUCUUGCUCUUUUAAAUGCACCCGUGUAAAGACUGCUGCCUACACUCUCCAUUGAACAAUCCUCAGACUAUGCGUAAUUGUUGAAAAUGUCCUAAAAAUAAUGUAUUAGUUAGCUGGAUACAUUUAGAUUAGCUCUCAGCAGUUCGACACAGUACACAUCCCGAGAUGAUUAAGGAAUUUAAAUGUGUUCUCCGGACCUGAAAAUGCCUCCUGCACCAUUAUCAUCAUCAAAAGCUUCUGAGCUUUUUUAGCAGAUAU